GCAUGCGUUCGAAGGAAGACGUGUGUCUAUCGCUCGUCGGUCGGUUUUAACGUUUCGGAUUGUGCCCACAGACACUUCUCCGAUCAAGUUCCUGGAUUGGCCCUAGACGCGUGUGAAGUGUGGUAGUUUUUGUUGUGUUAUUCAUCGUGCAUAAGUUCAUAGCACUGCUCGCGUCAGAGGAAGUCUUGAUCCCACGGGCACAGUGUGAGGAAGUUCAGCAUAAUAUUGUGGCCCCUAGAGGCAGGAAGAAAUCGAAAAUUUCCUACCAUCGAAAGCCUCUUUACGGUGCCUGAAGGUGGAGCAUGGAAGCCGCGAGGGGAAUUUCCAGCGAGUGAAAGAUUGUGGCCGUUUUUUUUUGUGUAUUUGUUGGGCAAGAGUUGAAGCGUUUCUAUGGUGUGUGGAAAUUUGGGCAAUCUGUCAGUGUGAGCAGAAGAGGUGCCCCAAAAGUGCAAUCAAAUGCAGUGUUUGGGUGUGUUUCGCUGGUGUGCCGCUAGAUAAGAUCAUGUUUCUGGGCACGGCGGCUGUUCCGUCGCCGACGAUGAAAACAAAGAAAUGUUCCGCCGCCACCACUACUAAUAUUGCGGCCGUCAGUCGUAACAGUACCCAUCAGGAAAAUUGUCAUAAUCAUCAUAAUCAGUGGAAUAACAACAACAGGGAGCAUGCUAUCGCAAGUUUUAUUGUGGACUGUGAAGUAAUGAUAACGACCAGGGUGGCCGAUGUCGGUGGGAUGGUCAGCCACUGUCAUAGUGACCCUGAAGUGUCGGAUGGUGGUGAGUCCUGGGCAGUAGUAGGGCAGUGUAAUGGCGUAUUGUUUUGUACUGAGCCAGCGACAGAGCGACGACGACGGCGACAUCGGUCCGAGCGAAGACGAUGGCGACCGGGAGGUAACUCAUGGGUCAGCGGUUCCGCUCUGUUCCAUGUGUUAGUCUUUAUCGUAGUAUUUAUCGAUCUAUUUAAUUCGAGUGCAUCGUCAUCGAUUGGUGCAUUGAGCAGCCGGAGCAGAAACGAACAGAAUCAGGCGGCAGCGGAACCGGAGAUUCACGGAAAAGAUGACAGUUGGUUUCAUCCAUCCAGGGAAUUCUCCCAAUACAGUAGAAUUCAGCCGCGGCUUGUGCAUGGCCGCCACAAACGUUCCCUAGCGAGCACCCGUGAAGAGAACGGACUUCACGCGUCGCACCUAACGCUAAGCUAUAGGCUAAGCCAAGCAGAUGUGAUAUUAGAUUUACAGCUGAACGAUCGGCUCAUCCCGCGGGGGCACUUUCUCUCCUACCAGCUACCGGGCGGAGCGGGGAAGGUUGUUGAACGAUACAACGAGACCGGCGAGCCGGUGGAGCUUUGUCACUAUAGGGGAAAAAUUCGAGACGUGCCGGAGUCAAGCGUUGCAGUGUCUACCUGCCGUGGGGUCCGUGGAGUGGUGUUUGAUGGACACGAAAUGUACUACAUCGAAAGUGAUGCCCGAACGGACGGGUUAGACAAUGUGGAUCUGGUUGAUCAUUACAUCUAUCGGCAUUCCGACCUGCUAACGAAGGCAAAGUGUGGGUACGAAGGCGGCACAAAUCAGACACACGAUCCGGAUCUUCACGAGUCGGAGUUUCAACGAUUGUCGAGACACAAACGCGCCACCACCAAAUCCACCUCGCCGAUCCGUGGCCCGUACAAUGCCAACAAACACUCCAGCUACGUGGAACUGGUGGUCGUCAUCGACAACAAGAUGUUCAAGAGUAUGAAGGAGAACUUCAAGGUCGUCCAGCAGUACUGCAAGGACAUCACCAACAUCAUCAACGCACUGUACGAACCGCUGAACAUCUUCAUCGGACUGGUCGGGGUGGUGAUCUGGAACGAGGCGAACGAGAUUGAACUGUCUAGCGAUGGGGAGAUCACACUGAAGAACUUUCUACACUAUCGCAAGAAGGUGCUGAUUAAGGAUCAUCCGAAUGAUAAUGCGCAGCUGUUCACGAAGGAACACUUCGAAGGGGGUGUCGUUGGGAAGGCCCUGAAGGGUCCAAUCUGUACGUACGAGUUCAGCGGCGGAGUUGAAAUGUACCAUAGUGAAAUUAUCGGUGUGCAGGCGACUACGGUGGCUCACGAGAUGGGGCACAAUUUUGGGAUGGAGCACGAUACACCGGAUUGCAAGUGUCCGGAGGAGCGUUGCAUCAUGUCGGCUUCGAGUUCUUCGGUAGCCCCGCGGCACUGGAGCAGCUGUAGUAUCGAUCAGUUAAAUUUGGCGUUUCAUCAUGGGAUGAACUAUUGUCUGAAGAACAAACCGACGAUGUUGUUCGAUUCACCGGUCUGUGGGAAUGGAUUUGUGGAACCGGGAGAACAGUGUGACUGUGGACUUCCGGAUUUUUGCGACAAUUCCUGCUGUAAUCCGAGGACUUGCAUGCUGCACUCGAAUGCGUCUUGUGCCACCGGGGAGUGUUGUGACUUGCAAACAUGCAAGCCGAAGAUCGGUGGAACGGUGUGCCGCGAAGCGGAAGGGGAAUGUGAUUUGCCGGAGUACUGCUCGGGAGAGUCUGAAUAUUGCCCGAAUGAUGUGUUCAAACGGGAUACGGAGAAUUGUGACGACGGGAAGGCUUUCUGCUAUAAAGGAUCGUGUCGAUCGCAGAACGAUCAGUGCCGACUUUUGUGGGGUCCGACGGGAAAGACUUCAGAACAGUGCUAUAAGAAGAACGAGGAAGGAACCAGGCAUGGGAACUGCGGAUAUAAUCGAGUGAAAAACGAGUACGUCAAGUGUGACGAGGGAGAUGUGUACUGUGGAAUGUUGCACUGUAGACAUUUGAACGAGCGGUUGGAGUUCGGGAUGGAGUCGGUUGCGAUAUUGUCCCAUAGUUUUAUGACGUACAAUGGCAGUGUAAUACCGUGUCGGUCGGCGAUCGUUGAUCUAGGACUGCAGAAAGUUGAUCCCGGUUUGGCCCCGGACGGUGCUCGAUGUGGCGAGGGCAAGAUGUGUCUAAAUCAAAUUUGCAUGCCAGUGGCAAGCCUUCGGACGCAGGGGAGCGGCAUCGAAUGUCCGGAAAAUUGCAACGGAAAUGGAAUCUGUAACAGCGAGGGGCACUGUCAUUGCAGUAAAGGGUUUGCUCCCCCACUGUGCAACAGUCCCGGAAAUGGAGGCUCGGAAGACAGCGGGCCAUCUUCGGAUCCUAAUGCCGGCAGCGGUUUCACCCGAUUUUUGUACAUCUUUUUCUGCGGUGUGGUGCCGACGUGUGCCUUGUUCGCCCUGCUGCUGUACUACUUUCGGCAGGACCAUGGACUGACGAAGCGCAAACCACCGAGCGUGUCUACAAACAACACGAAAACCGAUUCGUCUCGUAGUACCGGAUCAACCCACACAAUGGUGCCAUCAUCACCGAACUCACCGGACGAUAUGAACUCCGCCUUGCUUCGACCUUCGAGCGAGGCUGACAUCUUAAGCAACAAUAACAUGUUUGGUAAAUUUAAAGGCUUCACCCUGAAACCCUUGCUUGAAACGGGUGUUAAUCUCAAAUCACCCAAUGUAGCAUUUGUCCAUCCAGUGUCCAAGUAUAGCGAGGAUCCGAGUAGUACCGUACCCAAUCGCCCAGCACCCCCGGCACCUAAAGUUAAGCUUGCUACUGCAACUGCCCAUACGGUUCAAAUUGGUAACAGCACCUACAAUAAACCGGCAGGUAUUCAUCAGAUCAACGGUUUCAAGUUGGCUAACCACGAGCAUCAGAUGGAGAAUGCACCAGCGCUACCUCCGUUGAAUCCAGGAUCAACCGCUCGACCGAUCAUAUCCAGUCCUAUUCUGGAAUCGUCCACCUGUAGCUCUAAGGAAUUGGUGUCACCACUCAAACAGCACUCGGCCAACACCAACGUCCCCAUUCGGCCAGCCCCAAUUCUUCCUCCUCAGCCAGUCUUAGGUAAUCCUUCGGGCUCUCAAGAGACCAUAACCAAUCCAGAGAUUCUAAUCAAUCCAACCAGCAAGGAGAAAAAAUGCAAGCUGAAUCGAAUAACGUCCUACUUGAAAAAGGACGAGAAACCUCAGAAACCAGAACCCAAAAACAUCAAAAUCGUCGAUAAAGAAAAACUUAAAAACCUUCAAAUCUCAGCUCCUAUGCCAAUUUCAGCUGAUCUGGCCAAAAGCAUGCCAAAACUGAACGAUUCCGAGCCGGUGGCGACCGUCUCUGUCAGUGUCCAGCGAGCUAAAAGUAUGCGUGCACCCGAAGUGACAGGUAAACGUUUGCCGGGAGACGGUCAGGCAGCAACAGAAUCACCACGAAAACCAACGACACUGAAGCGACCCCAGAGCAUGGUAGGAUCGCGCCCAACUAUGCCACCACCACGACCACCAGUCCCUCCAGCACCGGCCAUCACCGGAAUGAAGAUCCCCGGUGUCCCGGGAUAUCAAAAUCCGCCUCCACCGAAGUCAGUCACCAUUGUGACACCCCGGAACGAGUAUGACGAUUGCCACGAUGUGGAAAGUUCGGUGAGACCGAUCAGGUCUCCGAAGGCGCAUGGAAACGACAACAUCUACUCGGUGAUUGAUGAAUCGCCUUCGCCGCCGAAUACCAUGUCACCACCGACACUGUCAUCCGGUAGUUCAGAAAGUAUGGGUCUUCUCGGAGAGAUUGUGAAUGAGAUCGAGAGCCGGGGAAGUGACUCGGUUUACAUUGCGACGACGCUAAAGCGGGGAUCUGGAAAAGGUCAGGCGCCGCGAGCCGAGGAGGAGGAAGACGACGAACCAACCUACGUUAAUACUUCGGAAAUUCAAGAUGAGGAAGAGGGUGGAGCUACCGAUGAGGAAGAGGAAGAAUCUUAUCCGCCGAAUUUGAAAUCCAGCGCCAGCACCACUUCCAGCGGGUAUUUAAGGCCGUCAGCGAUCAACACUCCGAUAGCUCGAGUGGCACCCUCUAAACCAGAAAGUGUUUCAACUAAUCUAAGUAGUUUUAAGAACGGUGGAAACGUGUUGAGUAGUCUACAGUUCCAAGGACCCAUCGAGUCCAGCAAGUCUGCUGUGGUAGCGAAAAAAACAGCUCCUGUGCCCUAUAAGCCUUACCACAGCACAUUAAGCAAUACGCGCCCAGGUUCUGUCGUUACAGCCACCAAGUCCAAAAUCAAUCAAGACAAGUUGGUCAAUGGCGUCGGCGAAUCAAAACCGAAGCUGAGCCGAAAUCCAACACCACCCGGAUUGUCAACCGGAGGAGGAGCAGCAGCAUCGAAAAAACCACUAAACAGCAGUACCGUCCGAACGAGAAGUCCAUCACCGAAGGGUUCCAUCCAGAAUGGGGGUCUGGUCAGUGCCAAGACCAGCGCUCCCCAGAAGCCAAAAACUUCGGCCAAGCCGGAAAACGUAGUGAAACCUAAGGUCGCAAACGCUAGCAGUAAAAUCCUGACAGCGGCGGCUCGGCCGGUCCCAGGGAAAGUGUCCAACGUGGCUUCGCUGCAGCAAAAGUUCGAGGCGAAAAAGUGAACAGGUCCAUCUGCUUCAAGGGCGCUACUUAUAGAUUAGUGAACUCCGUACUAUCGUAGUUUGUUCAUAUUAUGUUAAUAUGAUAGGAAAAUGACAGUUGCUUAUUUCAAAAUCUUCACUACGGAUUGAAAUUUAAAAGAAGAAAAUAAGUCCGACUCCCGUUACUCGUUUAUGCCCCCUCCCAGUUAGGAAGCAAGCAAGCUAAGAACAAUCAUGAACUCCACUUAAUUGUUAGACACAUCAUACACACCGAAAAUCAGCCCAGUUAAUGUUUGAAGUUGACCGCUUAGAGCUAUUCUUUUACAUUCGCGAUCUGUUGAUCUUCGCCUGAACUAUCAGUAGGGAGCGUGAUAAAAUUUCGACCGAUAUCGACUGCAAAUUAAUUGUAAUAAUCAUCAUUGUGUAAAUAGGAGCCAAAGAAGAAUGUUUUAUGGAGAACGAAUGAAAGAGAUCAUGUGUGUUGUGUUAGGAAUCGUUAAAUUUUUCAGUGUGAGAAACAUAUAUUAUAAUUACAAGCAAACGUCUGCAUGAUCCGAUUAGUCCGAAUUCUUAGCUUACUCUGUAUACUAUCUAUGCUACGAGAAGAAAUUUCAUCACACGGUAGGAAUCACACAAAAUUAAACUACGGCAUCGAUUAAAUGUUUAUGUAGAAUUAAAUUGCGGUAGGAGUGAAGUCGUGACCAGCAAAAAUAUCUCAUCGUGUUGUAUGACGAAGCUUUUUUACUGGAAUAUCAACAACAGAAACGUAUGAAAAACAUUGAAAGCCGAAUAAAUUUUUUAAAUGAG